GAGUGAAUGCCCCACCACCACGCAUGCGCGGGCCGGCACGCCCUGAGCCUCCGCUCUGCUAGUAGUAUCAGCCAGCCAUUACGUGAACUUGCGUCGUGUUACACACCUCUCACCAUAUAAUAGUGAAUGUGAUAGCGUGAUAAUGAUGGUUACAAACCGUGAUGAGUGACUUCCGUGAUAGAAUGGAUGGAUACGCAGCGUAGUUGGCAGGGAAAUAAAACAAUCAGAAUGCAACCGACGAUCAAGCCGACGUGGCUGUCUUGGCCGGGCUGGGAUGACGCCCGUCGCGAGCACAUGGAUAGAUAUCACCGGAGACGGAUGCGACUCACGCUGCACGACCUGAGGGACCUCCAGCUGCAGGCGUUCAUCGAUUGGUCUCACCUGCCCAGGCAGGAGAUUGCUGUGUACACGCCAAAGCAGUUACGACAUCUGAUCAGAUUGGAAAACAGCAAUGGUGGGAGAAGUGGCGGCGCGUUCCCCACAUCGGAGGGCUCCUGGCGGCAGGAUCGGUACUCGCUCGACGCGGGGCCGUGGAGUAUACCCGACCUUCAGCACAUGCAGCUGGAGCCGGCGGGUGGUGCGGGUGGUGCGGGUGGUGCGGGUGGUGCGGGUGGUGGUGCGGGGGGCGGCGGGGCGGCGGCGGGGCGGCGGUGGGAGGGCGCGGCGCGCGGGUGGGCGGCCGGCGCCGUGCUGCUCGCCGUCGUCGUGCUGCUGGUGAGGGCCAUCGAGAAGUGUCUCCACAGGAAGUUCAUAGGAAGGAGACGUCGCUCGGAAGAAUGGCCUACGGCUAAUGUUUUGGCUACUAGUAAUCAACCACCGAGUGAUAUAAGUAUUCCAUCUGAUAUGUUACACUCAGAGAGUAACCAAGAUGCUAUAAGUAACGACUUACCUCCGCCUUACUCCGAAUGUGCCAACACUGUUUCUAACAGCAAUAUUGGUAUCAAUAAGAUAUACCACGAGGAGCCUCCGCCGCCAUACUCCGCUUGUUACGUAGCAUACUCAAACCCUAAAGACGGCAUACCUUCAGUACAUUUUUACAACAGACGGAGGGAAAGUAUGUUUCAAAAUAGAUUAGAUGCUGGCCACGCCAGCAAUCAAAUUAUUGGACAUACCACUUGUGCAAGUGAAGCGUUAAAACCUAAUGCCGAAAAUGUUGGUUGUGAAUCGAGUGAUGCAAAUACUGAAUUCAUUUUCGAGAACGGUAGAAUAAUAGAAAGAGAGGGAUAUGUGAGACGCAGAGAAGAGAAUACAGAUGAUGCAGUUACAACGAAUGUUCAAGAGGAUACUCAAAAUGUUGGUGCGAAUCAGAGUGAUCCUGAUGUACACGUUAACGUUAUAUCGGUUAAUGAAACAAACGCAGUAUCCGUGUCUGAAACUGUACUCCCUGUAUAGAGAUAGUCACACAAUAAUAAUUAGGAAUUAGAUACAAUACGUGAAAUAGCUAUGGUUCUAUUGUGUGAUCCUUAUAAUAGCGACGUAGUUAUUUUUGUACAUUUUUCCAAGUUCAGAGAAAUAACAUAAUCUCAUAGUAUAAGUUAAAGAUAUUAUAGUAAGUAUUUAGUUUAUUUCCAACCUAAUUAUAAAAUCUCACAACCAAAGAUUUAUAGUAGUUUCCCUAAUAAAAAUAAUGUAGCUCAUUUUCUACACAUUAUUAGGUUAGUGAUAGCAAACGACACACGAGUACAAUGUAUUUGUAGCGCAAUGUAGAACGUUUUGACAACUCCCUGUAAUGAAAUAAAAGACCUUACAAUGCUUACGUAUUCCGAUAUAUUUUUAAAAAUAAAAGAAACAAGUAAAGUGUU